AUGGACGACUGGCGAGCUUUGGCGAACUUGCAGCGUGAUCAACUCACGGAGAGAGAUGCGGCGAUUGACAGCCUUCAGCGACAACUCCGAGAAAGCCAACGAGCAAGCUACGACCUGCGCUUCCAGCUGCUUGAGCAAGAUGAAGCUGUCAAGCGCACCACGACUGUAUCCACCCACACCGAAGCGAGCGAUGAGCUCGCGAAACUGCAGCUCCAGCACGACAAACUUACGGAAGCACACAAACAUCUGAACAAGAAGUACACUCAGGUUCAGGCCCAGCUCAACGCGCUCACAAGCUCUGGUCAGGCAGCGCAGGCUGUCCGCCUGCAAGCCCAGUUGCGGGGGAAGGAAGCGAAGGUGCAAGCUCUUACAAAGCUGAACAACCAUAUCGUCGGACAGCUGCAGACCGAGAAGCUGGCGAAAAAUAAAGUGCAACGCACGCAUGCUUACAACAAGGGUAAAUGUCCCCACGAUCAGGAUGACAGUGAGACGGAUCUCCCAAGGCAGGCGCCCACUAAGAAGACGUUCGCUGCCGUGACCCAAAUUCAGUCAUCUCAUACCGCUUCUCUAGGCCCAGAAGUCCCGCUUGGACGGUUAUCACUCGCAUGCCCAACCACCAAAGGGAAAGCUACGCCGAAGAGGGCAACCCAAGCAGCGCCCCCGGUAUCGAAGGUUGCAGCUUCCGGCAAGACUAAGAGCAAAACUACUCCGAAUAAAGCUAAACCUGCACCACCCAAAAAGCGCAAACGCAUCUCGGCAGAUGACAGCGGUGAAGACGACGGAGACGAAGGGUACACAGACGACGUCGAUAUGGACGAUGUGGAUGACGAGAAGAUCGAUGAACAAGAACUCCGCGACCUGAAACGCAUCACUACCAGGCUCCAGCCUACCCAGAGCAAGCGGCGCACCCCUCUCCGCUCAACAUUGGCCAAACCUCUCAAGAAGAGCGACAUCGGCUUCGACUUCAAGAUGGUCACGAGUUACAACGCGGAUGGAAGCGCGCAAGGUUUCGAAAGGGCCGAUGUCGCAGACAAUCUUGGCGAGCUGUGGGAGCGUGUGAACGAAGUCCGUGACGAUAUCUGGGAGGGAGCGAGGGGUGAGCAGUGGCAGGAUAUAUUCCUCUACGACACAGACAAGUCGGUUCAGUGCGUGACCAAGCGUCUUUGCCGCGGGCAGGAUGUCGAAGGCGUCAAACUUAGUGGCGGAAGGACUUUGUGGUAUCCGGGCCAUGAAGGGAAGUAUGCCUGCCGAGACUGCGUGGCGAAUGAUUGGCCGUGCUUCACGUACUGGAAGGACGAGUUCUGGCUUCUGCCGCUGCGAGAGGAGGAUAGGAAGGUAAAGGUUGAGACGGACUUUGAGAUUCGAUAUUGGCUGAAUGAAGAGGAGGAUGGCAGCGGAGAGGACGCGCCGAGCAGGAAGAGGAAGGUCGCGAAGUCGCCGUAA